UGAGAGAAAGAAAUAUGCAAAUUGACAUAACCAUCCAAAUCCCAUAUCAUUUCAGGUGUCCAAUCUCCUUAGAACUCAUGCAAGAUCCAGUCACCAUCUCCACCGGUCAGACCUACGACCGUUCAAGUAUAGAAUCAUGGAUCUCCACCUCCACCUCCACCGCCACAACUUGUCCCGUUACCCGUUCACCCAUAACCGACUUAAACCUAAUCCCAAAUCACACCCUCCGCCGCCUCAUUCAACAAUGGUGUGUCGCCAACCACUCUUCCGGCAUCCAACGGAUUCCAACACCCAAACAACCAGUAGAACCGGCCGCCGUUCGCUCCUUUCUUAACCAAAUUUCAAACAAAACCAAUUCCUUCAAUUCCCGUUUAUCCGCACUCAAACGAAUCAAAACCCUCGUUAAAGAAUCAGAAAAGAAUCGAACUGUUUUCACCCAUCUCAAUACCCACAAAAUUCUCCUCUCAAUCAUCUUCGAUAAUGAGUCGUCAUCCUCAUCAGAAUUGAUUCACCAAUCAAUUGCCAUUCUCGCAACCCAUCUCACUCUUGGCGAAUCCGAAACCGCCUUCAUCCUUUCCGAUUGUAACAGAUUAGAGUACCUCAUAUCACUUCUAUUCCAUUCAUGCUUCGAAGUGAGAGUGAAUUCAGCUGCAUUGAUUGAAACAGUUGUAGCAGGAACAAGAUCAGAGAUGAUUACAGUAGACGAGAUAUACAGAGGAAUAAUCGGGAUAUUAAAUUCAACAGAAGCGAAUCAACGUGCGAUUAAGAUCGGAAUCAAAACGAUAUUCGCUUUGUGUUUAGUAAAACAACAUCGAUUCAAGGCGGUGGAGGCGGGUGCGGCGGAAGCUAUUGUGGGUAGGUUACCUGAUCUUGAUAAAUGUGAUUCUGAAAGAGCACUAGCUACGGUUGAACUAUUAUGUAGAAUACCUAAUGGAUGUUCUGUUUUUGAGAGGAAUGCUAUGAUGACUGUUCCUAUAUUGGUUAAGAUUAUAUUGAAGAUAUCGGAUAGGGCGACUGAAUAUGCGGCGGGGGCGUUGUUGUCGUUGUGUUCGGCGUCGGAGAUUUGUCGGAAAGAGGCGAUUAUUGCCGGAGUUUGGACGCAACUUUUGUUACUUGUACAGAGUGAUUGUACAGAGAGGGCGAAGAGGAAAGCGCAGAUGUUGUUGAAGUUAGUUAGGGAUGCAUGGCCGGAGGAAUCUACGCCGGCGUUAAUUUCCGAUGAGAUAGGUUAUAGUGAUGUUGUUCUUUACUGAAAUGUUUUUUUGUUUGGGAGUUUAGUUUGGAAUUAGGAAACCAAAAGAUUGUAGUUUUUUUAUUUUAUUUUGAGUAGCAGUAUUAAAGUAAAAAAAAGAAAGAAAAAUGAGUA